AUGGGUUUGUCUUGGAAAUUUGACUGCAUCUCUGAAGGGUUGAUAUCCUCCGGACCUGUAUCAACCACAGGAGGCUAUGUAGCCAAGGAGAACCCAGACCAAGAAAGAUUUUCAGUUUUUGAACGACAUGGUAGUUUGAGAGGGGACGAUUCCAUCCAGUGUUCUGGUGAUAACAAAUCCGACGAGCUAACAGGGGAAUGGAUUGCCAAGUGCGUAUCCAGUAAAACCUUGUUUGAUGCAGGUGGUAGAUUGUUAUCUUUGAGUGCAGCUGGGUUCGCUACAACCUGGCGUACUCAUCAUGCCUUCAGCGCGCGCUGUGGGAUCAUGCUAAGUCAAAAGGCGGCUCAUGCUUCAUCAGGGGUCGUCCCGACGGAUCAUAGCAAUUCCAAACAGACAGAAAAGGUAGAUGAUAGAAUAGUGAUAUGUGGCGAUGAGCUUCCUUUCAGGGGCACUCCGUCCUGGAUGCUUCGGAGUCCACGAUUUUAUCGUAAGUGGAAAAUAGACCUUUACGUCCGCUCCACGUGCGCAGAUCCUCACAUUUUGAUAAGUGUAGCACCGCACUACUACGCCUAUGGUAAUGGUAAAGAGAUGCCGUCAGACGGGGAGGAACGCCUUCAUUUGCCUACAGAACAAAAUGACGAUGAAGAAAACGCGAUGAUAUGGCCAUGCAACAUGGAGGCUAAGGCUAUGUAUGACAAGCGCAUUCUGGAAACACCACUUGUGUACGAAGAACCCUACGCCAUAUCAACUGAGUUCGGAACCAAUGGGAUGUUUCUUUGGAGUGAUCAUUGGGAGCGGUACGGUGAGCAGGUUUCCGAUCACCGUCUUCAACCUUUCUUUUCGAAAGAAGAUUCCUUGUAUCAGGCCCCUUUACCCCUUUCGUUUAUUCUGUCGUCUUCUGAUCAGAAGCGUGGAGCAGUGGAGAAGGACAUCGGAAGGAAUGGACGCACGGUAGAGAAUACACCUCUUGGAUAUCAAGGAUUGAUUCGACUCCAGUGGAGUACAGUCGGCCUUCGUUCGGAUACCCAGCCGCAUAAUACCUCUGUAGCGACGCUAUCAGUUUUUGUUGGUGCAAAUCCACCUCAGGGCGCUCAAACCAGUGAACCAGGCACGCCUAGCGAGGCAGCAAACUCUUCUCCAAAGGAUCUUAAAUUCAGCGGGAAGGAUAUCGAAUGGCAGCAUGCUUUCGAUACAACGCUGGAGCUUGAUCCAGAGGCGUCGAAUUUGUUAUUUGUUCCAUAUGCAACUCUUCUGGAAUGUGGUGAUGAGGUUCUUCUUCUUAGCUAA